GAAAAGGUUGGACAGGGGGUAAAAAUAAACGAGGGGAUAAAAAAACAAAAGAGAACAGAACGAGAGAAAGGAAGAGAGAAGGCGAAAGAUGUAAAGAGAGAGAUUUGGAAGGCGAGAGUACAAAAAACAUGGGACACAGCCUAGGGAGGAGGGUGUCAGUGACAGAGAGAGGGGGGGGGAGGGGGAGUCAGCAAGAGAGGUGCGCUCAUUCGCUCACGAGAGCGAGUGAGAGAUAGCGAGAGAGAGAGAGCGAGGGAGAGAGCGUGUGAGCAUUUAGUCCUGCCAGAGCACAGUAGUGCAACAUCAACGGAGACGGGAUAAAGAAGCUCUGUGCGAGGGACAAGGGAAACAGAGGAAUACACGUCUGAAGAAAAACAAAGAGGGAAUGGAAUGAAAAAAAGCAUCCUACUGCUGUUGGUUAUCCUGUUUCAUCCAAUUUCUGUUGGAGAAUUCCAUAAUCAAAGAAACAGAGAAAACACAUACAUGUGAUAUAUAUCUAAAAUUCCUAUACAUAUAUAUCAAAUUAUGCCUGUUUUCACAGAAGCUGCUUUGGGGGAAGGACUGUGUUGAGGUCCCUUGCAUAACAAUUGGAAGACUGCUUUAAUGUGCAGCAUUUGGUAAAACUGUUGCAUAUUAAUGCUUUUUGCAAAUGAGCGUGAUAAAAGACCAUAAACAACACAAACAGCUUUGCUGCAGUCCCAUUUUUGAAGGCUUCUUGAAAACAGGAUUUUGCAUUGCCUUUUGUUGUCGCCUCUCCAGUUAUCCUGCCCUUGGAACAGGCUGGGGAGUUGAGGCUUGGGUGUGUUGAAUGCAUGGACCGCAUUCCACAGGCUCAGUAAUACCCUCCUGUAUUCACAGCAGUAACGCGGCAGAAAGCCUGCUCUUUAGUUGUGUCUGAAAGAGGGAGAGGUAAGUGAGGAAGACAGAAGAAAGCAGAGAGCAAGAAACAACAAAAAGCAUCAGAGAGGGAUUAUCGUGGUCGUGGUAAAUAAAGUCGUGGUAAAUAAACGAAGACAAGGAAAACAAGGAAGGGACUGCAGUAGAGAAGUGGGACACUACUUAGAAAUGUAAUUACACCACAUGUUCGCUCAAAGUGAGCUUCUCAUAAAUUUAGACUAGGGAGGACUGGACUAGACUCCACAGGCUGGGGGGAUUGUUCAGCACGCUGCCCUUGUCAUUCCCCUAUCCCCUGCUUGGUAGCACUUGUGGGGUUGUAGUUGUCUGGCAGCAGAGCUGUAUUGGUGACCCCAUCCUUUUAGGUUCCCUCUCAGGUGUGGUGUGGAGCCGAUCCGACAGCACCAAGAGAAACCCACAACAACAGAGAGUGACUGUACCCCCAUCCCUCUAAACCCAUUAAGCCAAACUGACACUGACGGAGCGCUGUCGCCUAUGGAUUUGAAUGUGUGUGUGUGUGUGUGUCUGUGAGAGUGUGUGCAUGUGUGUGUGAGCGUGUGGGAUAAAGGCUGCCUGCCUCAGGUGCUGAGGACUGCUUUUAAAUCUGGACUAAAUCAUCAUUUCAGUUUAGAUCUCGUAGGACAAUAUUGAAGAACUGCAGGCUGUUCUUUCGCUGGAGGGAGUGGAAACAAAAACCCACAUACUUUUGUUUUCUGGCAUAAUACAAUAUUGAAGACCAAUUGUAGAAUAGCAUCUAACUGGAAUUGCACAUCUGGAAAGGAAAGGAAUGAGAGCAUCAUGUUUCACUUAGCAAAGGGAUUAAAAAUGUCUACAAGAAAAAUAACAAAGAAUCAAAUGAACAUUCAGGUGGAGACCAGGCAGUUGCUCGAGGCAAGAUAAUCUGAGAGGUGAAUAUCAACAGCUAACAUAUUUAUAGAUUAUGACAAGUGGAUUAUCUAGAAGUUCCAGUGGUUUGCCCUUUCCCCAUCUUCAGCAUUGAUUAAUGCUUGGCAGGGCAAUUAUUAAAAUCUGUGUGUCCCUCUCCUAAAUGAAGACGUUUACAGAAAGGAGCUUGGAGCCUUGAGGAAUCUGCUUUUCCGCUGGCACUUUUGGGAUUCCAAAUCUCUCUGGUUUACGGAUAACAUUUUUCCUAUUGUGGUGAGAUUUCUUUUAAAUGCCACGGGACAGUUAAUUUCUGGGUGACACCUCCUAAACUGGAGGUGCUCCAGAUUUCAGAUCACAUCUGCUAUUGACAUUUGGCAGAAAAGGGCGGUAUUUUUGCAACGCUGCCAGAACUGUGUGUCUGAGUCUGGGACUGAAUCACUGGGGACUCACUCGUGAGGAGCAGGUUGAGAUUGUGUCUGAGUCUGGGACUGAAUCACUGGGGACUCAUUCGUGAGGAGCAGGUUGAGAUUGUGUCUGAGUCUGGGACUGAAUCACUGGGGACUCAUUCGUGAGGAGCAGGUUGAGAUUCGAGGUUAGUUUGUUUCACUUACUUGCUCAUCCCCCUUCUUGAUGGCAAUUUAUUACUUCACACUGAGCCUCCUGUACCUGAGUGUCGUAAUAACUCUCAACAAGGUAAUUGAAAGCUCUUAUUCUUUCAGGCAGCUGCUAUGAAUAUAGGCUAAUCCAUAAGCUCUCAACUCCUUUUCAAAUCUCUAGUGUAUGAAAUACCGAAAAGGCUAUUUUUCCAUGUCAGUUUUUUUUGGCCAGUAAGAAGCCUGCGUUUCUGAAGUUGGUGUUAAUUGGCUGGCACCAGCUUUGAGACACUUCAGCAACUGAACAGAAGCAGCAUCCACAGGUAUCAAACAUGGCUGCCCAUUCUGUGAUCAUCUGCCUCGCCUUCAGCUUUCUGCUGGGCUUCACUUCACUGGGUCAGAACUCUAGAGAUGCUGGGGCCGAUGCCCAGGCCACCAACCAGACGGCAGCCACCUCUAAUUCUCUGGAAGCUACGCUGGCCACUCCUGUAGCGGAGGACCAGACCAUCCCAAUGAUAGGCAGCCGCUGCCGGGGCUACUACGACGUCAUGGGCCAAUGGGACCCACCGUUCAACUGCAACGCGGGCGUCUACCUGUUCUGCUGCGGCUCCUGCUUUUACCGCUUCUGCUGCCAGUUCAAGGUGCACAGCCUGGAGCAGGAGUCCUGCUCCAACUACGACACCCCCGUCUGGGCCAACACCGGCAAGCCGGCAGCCCCAGUCACUGAGGUGCAGGAGGAGCCCGACCGAGACCGCACCCACAUGAUCGUCUACAUCAUCUGUGGCGUGGUGGCCAUCAUGGUGCUGGUGGGCAUCUUCACCAAGCUGGGCCUGGAGAAGAGCAGAGGUGGCCAGACAGACAUGACCAACUCUAGGGCCUUGACAGAGUUGUUGAAGCAGCCCGGAGAGGUGGGCGGAGUGGGCGGGGCCGGGGGUCACCACCCCAUAGGGACCAAUGGGAUCUCUGGCAGGUCACUGCGCAGCAACAACGAUCACAACCACCUGAAUAACGCUGCCCUCUCACCCCUGGGUCCAGCGAUGGCACUCUCCCACCCUCACAACAACCUUGGUCUGGGCUUUAACAAGUGCGCCUCCCUCAAGGCUGUGGGGGUUUGGCCACUGGAUAACAGAGCUCUUACUGUAUCUGAACAAAGGAGGACAUUGUUGAGGUCUCUGGGGGUACCAGCAGAUACGGCAGCAAGAGACUACUACAAGGGCUACCCCAUGGUGGACUACUCCCGCCAUCACUCCUCGCCCCCCACCUUCCAGCCCAUCGCCUUUCACAAGGACAAGCCCUUCCUGCCCCCUCCAGACAUCCACGCCCCACUGGCCAUAACCAUCACCGCCGCCCAGCUCCCCAAGCCCAAGGUCUCCAAGACUAACACCCACCCGCUUACCUCCAGCUCAGCCUUCAAAGUCUGGGACCCUAGUAAGGGCCAUGUCCAGCAUCCAACGGCCUCCCACAUCGGGCAGGCACAGCAGCAGCAUCCGCAGCAUCCUCAGCAUCAGCAGCAUCAGCAGCAUCCGCAACAUCAACAACAUCAACAACAUCAACAACAUCAACAGCAGUUACAUCAACAGCACAACAGCCGCCGGCAGGCCUACUCCAACAAGCGGCAGUUCAGCAUUGAGACACUCCCGGAACUCUUCUCCCAGCCACUGGGCUAUGGACAGUCGCCCCACAUGCACCCCAAAAACAAAGGGCUGCCCACCAACAGCAAGACAGAGGUCACAGUCUGAGCAUGAAACGUUUGGGGAGUAGGAAAGCAAGAAAAGAGUCUGUAGCACUGGGAGUAAGGCCUGGGAGCGAGAGCUUUUUGUACGAAUCAAUGUCGUGUUGAUGGCUGGGGGGAUGAACAGGGACAGGCAAUCUUCUAUUGCUAUUUUAAUUGCAGGUUUUCUUUGUUAUUGAUAAUGUAACACCAAAAGGGAAGGUAAUGAUCGCAUGAAGUGACUCGCUCUCUCUAAACCUGGUUCCUUUAAAUUCCCUCUCUGUCCCAGCGUCCUCCCUGUUUUGUUUUGGUCAAUCUCCUCUUUGCUCCCCCUGGCACCACUACUCUACAAAUCCCUACCCCCCCCACACACUUACACACUCUCCUACUGUUUGCAGCCUGUCAGAGUGGUACACAUGGGUAAAGCACCUCCAGGACCCUGAACAACAGCAGUGACAAUGCCAUUGUCUUGUCAGCUCCCAUCACCCUCCAUCCAGAACAGAGUGAGAUACCAUUCUGGCAAAUCUGUACCAGCGAGAGAGAGAGAGAGAGGGAGAGGAAGAGAGAGAAACAGCGGGAAAGGAGGGGCUUGUUUAUUCAUCCUGAAGCGUAAGGGAUGAGGAACUAAGCCGGACAGAGGUUUGGUGCGGCAAGCACCUCCUGUUCGUCACCUGCUGGAGAAGAGCCCCGAAACUUCAGGCCCCCUGCUCGUCAAAACUGGGGAAUCUCACACAGUGGUUGUGUCUGGAGACUCCCUGGGGUUCGUCAGCGUCCACGUCUCUCAGCGUUGUGUUGUUUGCUGUUGUCUUAAUCGGUGACGCAUGCAUCGGAAAGGGCAAACAGCACAGGUAUCAGCAAGGUCACCACAGUCGUGUUGAAUGGAACCGUCUGUGUUAGUGAAGCUUCAGCAGAGGCCCGAUGCAAAUCGCAAGGGACAAUAGGCGCCUGCAAGAGGGCAGGACAGGUCACCGUGUCUGUCCUGGGUAAUAUGGUGCCAAAGGCAAUACAAGGGUGGAAAGUUGUAGUUGUGAAGUAAAGGUCAUUGCUUUUUUAUUUUAUCUUAGCUUUGGCUUGCUGUUGAAGUAUUUAUCCAAACAUGAAUGCACGAAGGUCAGGAAGAAAGGAAAAUCAUACAGAGUAUUUUAUUAAAGUAUGUCUUCCAGACUGGCAGCAAUUCAUGUGAUGCAUGCAUAUAUUAUUGUAAUAUUAAAAUAGGCUUUAAUAUGAUCAUUUUGUUGAAUGCAGUUGUAUGGUUCAUCUAUAUGUAUUAUGAGUCACUGUAAAUGCAGCUGGGUUGAAGCUAGUGGCUAAACAUAGACAUUACAGUCUUUCCCAACCACAAGGAUUAUUUCCAGCUACAGGAGAGCAAGCAACUCCUCUUGGCUCGUUAUCAUUUUACACUUGACCGCAAGGUACAAUAUUUGCAUGGAAAUCUGAUACGUCUAUGUUCACACAAGCGCCGUCCUUCACCGUACGUUUCAGUGGACUCUCCUGCAAUUUAGCCCAAGCCUCAAGCUUCAUUUAUUAUCAUAAAUAAACAGGUUACGCCGCAGUGUAUACCUACGCCCAGGGUAUUCCAGACAGGUGGAACCGUAUCAACGGAUGGCAGCCAGUCAGUCGUGUUUACUAGAGUCAUUCACCAUUUGCUGCUACUGUUGCUCCUCCCCACCAACCAGCUUCCAGCCUGUUCCUGAGCUCCACCAGACCCCCUUUCCUCUGCUCUUCCUUUCCCCAGUGGGCUUGACCUAUGGUGGGAGCCUCCAGCAUCCAACCCCUGCAUGGUCUUCCAAGCUGUUCCCAGCCAGGGGACACCAUGCCUCCUCACGGGGGGUGUAGCCAUAACUAAUGAUACCUAAUCGCCAGCAUGGCAGGCCCUCACACACUCUCACACACUAGGCAUGCAUGGAGUGGAGCAGGGCUUUCACAGUGUUAAAUGAUUUGGAGAUUCAUUCGGCUGCUAUUGUUGAGCCAUUCUGUGUUAUGGACAGACACCGAGUGGUUUCACUGUAGCCUAUGCAGCAGCAUGAUAUGGAAUAUAGGACAUUUGAAUUGAUUUAAACUACGUGCAGCCGAUGGAGUCAUUCGUGUUGGAAUUGGAGACAAUUCUGGGUUAAUGCUUAUGUUGCAUUUCAUUGGGGAUUUGAAUGAUCUGUUCACAGUUCAUACUUCAGGAUUUCUAAAGCUGUUAUGUAAUCUACAUAUGACCCACUUGGAGUUGUUGUUUUUAUGAUAUGGUUGAAUAAAAGUAAAUCAGAAAUAGAGAAGUGUUGGGAAAUGCACAGUACAUGUAUAAAUAUGCAUCAUGCACAUCUGCACUCAUAGCUACCGUAUGCAGCAUGCACGGUCACCAUUUAGCUUUCUCCAACUUCAAUUCAUAAAAGUGGGGGUGGGGUUUAGACAUGAUGAUUCUUAGCUUAACAGCCCAGUCAUAUAAAGCAUUCUAUGGAGUCUCUCCUUUAUCGUUCAGGAUGCAUUACUGGUUGUGAACAAGCAAUGGCUGUGUGCAAGUAACAAGCAAUAUGUUCUGUCUGCAAAGCAAUAAGUACCCAUCUAUCUGCAAACCCUCUCUCUGGAGUCUGACUUUGGACCAUUCCGGAGUCCUUUAAAUGUGGGGAGCUGAGGUGGAAGCAGAGUUACAUAGACCAAGAUUUUUCAGGCUCUUCUGAAACGUAUUUUGGACUAUUUUCUCAGAAACCAGACCACAGAGCUUUUCACAGAGCUUAUUUAAAUUUUCUCUUCUCUCUCCUCGUGCGCUUCUCCGGCAGAGGAAGUUGCAUUAGCGAAUCAGAACUCUGAGAACCCUUUCCACUGCAAGAGUGGACACCUCUGAAACCUCAGCUGAGCUCUACAGGCUGCAGGCACUAGGAUAGUUUUGCUAAUGCUAGCUGAAUGAUGCUGACGUUGUGACACAUGGAUCCUUCAGGCUCCAGGGAGUCUCCAUGAGGAGGGUGAGUCUCUGUGAGGCCUCAAGGACAAACACAGCCUGGGGCCAAGCUGACAGCUAGCGAGGCACCAGGAUGUCGCCAGGCUAGCGCUUUGGCUUGCCUCCUAUAGUAGAACGAAGCACUGUAAUUGGCUGAGAUUCCACCUUAAUGUCCCUCUUCUUCCCAUCCUAGUGCUGAGCGAAUGUUGACCCGCAGGUAUAUCUGACCCACGGGAGACAAACACUGCUGACUGUUCUGAAUAGUGACACCCUCCGUGAGUAUCAUUUACCCGGUGAAGGGCCUUUUUGGCCCACAGGUAUGCCAGAGUCUUUUUGCCGCGGGCCUCCGUACAGUGAAUCCUACACCAAUACUGUCACAGUAAGCCCGCUGGUUUUGGAUUGCCUCAGUCUGUGUUGGACAGUCAAAAGUGAAUUAAAGUUUUGCCUCAGUUUCUCAACACUGGACGAGGAGCAGGACAGAGGAGCCAUGUAUAUCUCACAGUCGUCCAUUCUGUGGUUCUAGGUGCUGGACCAAAAUAAUUCUUAUCAGGAGAAAUUGAGUACACGUAACUGAUAGCACACAGUGGGAAUGUCAGACUGUGGACCAUCAGCUUAGUGUGCAUACUCAAUCUCUAUGAUUACACUGUAUAUACACGGCACCCUAAAAGAGCUGAAUGACUGUUCUUUGUAAAACUUCCUUAAAUGCAACUAUUCUACAACAGGUUAUCUGAAUGCAACCUGGUAGACAUACUUGGGUUUCAUCCGUAGCAAUAUAUUGUGUAUGAUUUGUUUGUACUGUAUUUGGAUUGGAAGUUCUUUCAAAAAAGUAGCGUUUGACUGACGAGAGAUGAAGUGCUUUCAGAUUCAAAACUGGCCACGCACAGAAAACGUCCUGUGUUUGAAGCUUGUGCUUUUUCGGAUAUUAUGUAUGGUACAUACACUCAUGUAUUCAUGUCAAAAAUGCAUUGUAUUCAAGUGCUUUGGCAACAAAUUAGUUAACAAUGACGAUUGAAGAUUUGUGAUUCCUGUGCAACUUAUAUCUGCAAAUCAUGUGUUCCAUACUUUUGGUAGUCGACUACCUUUGAUUGUUACGUACUUGUGUAUAUAUAUUGUACCACUUGUCUUCUGUAGAAAUGGUUAAAUACUUGUUUUAUAUAAGGGCUUUUUAUAGACUUAAACAAGAAAAACACAUCUUUCUCUCGUUUUGCGUUGAGUGGAGAGCUACCAGUGUUUGGGUCACCCAGAUUGCGGUGUCCAAAUUAAUUUGUUCUGACAUCUCCGAUUUGGCUGAAUCUGUUUCUCUUGGUUGUUAGCUGGCAGAAGCGUUUCAAACCCCUGGUGUAUGUGAAGUUAUCUGACAACAUGCGAGGCUAAGGAGGGGAGGCCUACUCCUCGUUCUAUCAGCUAAAUGUCCCCCCUUCCCCCUACUCCACUCUGUAAAGCAGGGCAAAUACUGGUACUCUUUUAAUCUUAACCUUACGAGGGGGCCCAGUAUCAGCAAGAUUUCUUUACCAUUAAGCCGCCAUACCCACCUCUUCCCCAGCACCAUGAAACAGUAUCCGUGGGUGCGUAAACUCUAAGACAACAAGGAAGAAACCAUAGGGAGGAUUUUAAUUGACGUCCUUAACCAAGCAUCUAUCAAGUACCUUUGCAAUGCCUGUAGACUUGGUCAAUAAAAUAGCCCAAUUAUAAAUGUAAAAUUUGAUUGUUUUAAAUGAAAUUGUCAUCUAAUUUGAUUUAUAUUCAAGGUCCAUGGCUUUUAAAUGAAUCCCAAAAUUGGUUUGGACACCUCUUAAUAUGCCCAGGCUGUCUAGAUAGAAUGGAGAUACAAGGUAAUUAAGGUGCUGGAACAUUGCAUGUUUUGACCAGAAAUUAUAUUAAUUUAGCUGACGGGCCUGUACUAAUUAUACUGCCCUGACAUCUAAAAAUAAUCUUUGUUGUUGCAGGUGUUCUUAUGUUCUCUGUUUACAUGUGGUUUUGAUUAUGCAGUUCUUUAUUCAUAGUUAAAGGCCACGAGAAAUGGAGCUAAAAAUGUAUAUUUAAUGUUUAGAAAAAUGUGUAGGCCUACAUGAUGUGAAUAAAUGUGUACACACGAACACACAUGCAUUCAGUACAGUACACACUGACACAGUAAAUACAAUUCCAGAAGAACAGGCAAGACAAAUAAAAAGCAUAUUUUAUGUUAAUUUGGAGGCUAUCAUUCACAUUGUAUAAGGAAGACAGGCACUGUCAACAGAAAAAAAAAAUUGAAGUCCAACCCUUUGGUCUGCUGGGCAUGUUCUCCAUGAGUUCAGCAUUUAUCUGGGCAUCCCUUUCUCCUAGUGCCCUGCAUUUGUUUUGUUCUGCCACCCCAUCCCAAACGGAGACCCAGGCCAGCUGUCACUGAUGUUUCACUUCAUUUAUAUGUCUCCAGGGUCUGGACUGACUCCAUCAGAGAGAGCAAAGAGCCAAACGCCACAAACCACAUCCCUCUCUUGCUCUCUCUCACAUCCUCCCACUCCAGUAGUGGUCAACCUGAGGCAAUGUCCUGAAUUAGGAAUGUUAAAUGUUCAGGUUAAAAGACUCUGAAAUACAUAGCAGCACACUCCUAUUAUAGAGCGUUAAUAUAACUACACUAAAGGUUUACAGGAUGUUGCAUUUGGGCAGCAGAUCAGUUGAUUGGAACACGCCUAUGAGCUCCUUCCACAAAGAGAGAGGACAUUGAUAUGAGGGGAAUUAAAAAACCCUCCCACCCAACCUUCAGUCCUAUGCAGAUUCAAUCGGUCUCAUAAAGACACCCUCAUAGCCUCAAUAGGAUCCUUUCAUUCCCUAGCUGUUUACUUACAUUUAAAAAAAAACAUUUUAAAAGAGGUUAUCAUUGAGGAUGAUGAUAAUGACAACAAUGAUGAAGAUUGUUUCCAUUUUUACAGCACUAAUUACAAUAAUUUUUGAGGAAGAGUCAAGGUCAAAGUUAUUGUCUGGCUUUUUAACCAUCUCUUUUUAGAGGAAACCUUACUAAGUGUUCUUUGUAUGAACUUGAUAAAAAAUUUAAAUGGUCAGAGAAACCUUGUGUCUUGGCAUGUUUGUGUGAGUGUCUGACAGACAGGGAGUAAAAAAAGAGAGAAAAAGGCUUUCUUAUAGUUAUUCCUAAACCAAUACUGUGGUAUAGUCCAAACGGUACAAAGUACAUUUCUGCUUCCUGCUCUCAAUAAAUUUCACUAGCAGCUGACAUGGUGUAGACCAACCUGGUCUCGGAGCAUUUCAUAUUAUUCUGUAUGUUAAUCCGAGACACUCCAUUUAGUAUAAUCAUACAAUACAUUUCUUAUGGUAUGUAUUAAUUUGUGGAUGUCCAUCAUCCAUUUCAUAUGAAAUUUUACAAAUGACAAUUAUGUUCCAAAUUUGCAAAACGUAUGAUAUGUUACCGAUUCCACUUUGUUGUGGCUAACGUUAGCUAGCUAGCUAAAAUUCGCUAGAUUAGGUGUUCAAAUCAAACCAAAUCUUACAGUGAAAUGCUUACUUACAAGCUCUUCACCAACCAUGCAGUUCAGAAAAAUACGUGUUAAGUCAAAUAGAUAAGUAAAAAAAAAUACUAAAUAAAAGUAACAAAUAAUUAAAGAGCAGCAGUAAAAUAACAAUAGCGAGGCUAUAUACAGGGGGGUACCGGUACAGAGUCAGUUGUUUUGCUCAGUUCCACCAUAGAUGGCAUUACUGGCAGGGGUCCCUGGUGUCCUGUGAAGCCAGUUUCAAAGAGAAGAUUAGAGUUGCCAACGUGCAAAGAUGCUGACUUUGCACGUUGGGGCACCGGUUAGUCAGGGUAAUUGAGGUAAUAUGUACAUGUAAGUAGAGUUAAAGUGACUAUGCAUAGAUAGUAAACAGAGAAUGGCAGCAGUGUAAAGGUGAGGGGGGGAGGGGCAAUGCAAAUAGUCUGGGUUAAGGUUAGAAUUUAGGUUAAAGUUAGGGGAAGGGUUAGCUAACAUGCUAAAUAGUGGCAAAGUAUCUCAAAGGUAGUAAGUAGUUGCAAAUUAGCUAAAAUGCUAAAGUUGUCCAUGAUGAGAUUCGAACACGUAACCUUUGGGUUGCUAGAAGGUCGCAUUAUACUCCCACCCAUCCACCCGGAUUGACCAUUCACCCUUCCUCCUUUUGUUUCUUGUCUUAUGUAAACAUACCAAACGCAACAUAUCAUACUAAUUUCAGUCUCCAGGCUUUACACUUACUAUGUUACCCAUAGCUGUGUAGAUAAGGGAGACCAUGAACACUAAAAGGGAAUGCAGUCAAUAAUAAAGGAAAUGAAUCAAUCAUAACGCUUAUGGGAGAGGAAAAUAAAAAGAAUAAGACAGCAUGGGACAAUGAAAGAAGAAGCAGGACGAACGGAAGUGGGGAAAAAAGGAAUGUGACAUUUCCAGAAGGAAAGAGCGAAGCAGAACCGAGGGAAUUGAACAGGAGAGACAAAGACAGACGGCACUAGAUUAAGAAACAGACAAGAGCGACAGCAAAACCGGAGAGAGCUGACUAAGAGAGAGAUAAGCCCACCACAUGAGGAACCAGCAUUGUGAUUGUAAUACUGCUGAUUGAUUGUUAACUGUGCGGCAAGAAUGGGGGGGCUUGAGGGGCGGCUGGGCCUGAGGGGAGGGAGCAGAAUAAGGGGUUUGAGACAGGCAACAGUCUGGCACAACAGUAAGGGGUGCUUGGACUGCAGUCGGAGGAUAUCGAGCCUUUCAAACCUCCCUCUCCACACAUAUGCUCUCGCACACACACACUCACAUGCCAUACACUCUGGCACUCAAACACACACAC